AUGAUAACUGAUGAAAGUCAACGAAAGUGCAUACGCAUCACUGGACAUGGAAAAAUGAAGCAAUGGGUCGCCAAUUCACUUGCCUUCCUGGAGAGUUCAGACGAAAACAAAUUACUAAUAUUUCAUACCCUGCCUUCUGAAUUAGACCCCCUGAUGAGUCUUGGAGAAGAAUCUGGCAAACAAGUAACCCACAAAGCUGCUUCCACGUCGACAGACCUUAUUCCACGGUUAAUAUCAGUUGUUGAGAUCAUCAAACGCGAAUACGUGAAAAAUUUAGAAUCGAAGCACACAAUACGCAUGACUGGACUGCAUCAAUACAACGAAAUGGGAAGCCUACAGGCGCUAGGAGUUAGGGUUACGCCAGCAGAAGGUGCAUUCGAGGAAACGGCUGAAGUUACUAGGUCGCGGACAAUAAUUCAGGCCCUUGAAGGAAAGAAUCACCCACGACAAAGCCGAACCCCUUUCAUGCGCGUAACAUUAUCCCUUACUGAACUCCCCGAGUUAAUUGAAAAUGGCGCUACGUACAUGAAUUCCUACCCAUAA